AUGCGCCAUAUACUCAGAAAGGAGGAUAGUCCAGCAAAGCCCCGUUGCAUGCAAGAAAUCAACAGCAGAAAUAUUAAGAUGGUAUACAUAUGUGGUAAUGAGUCCGCACCUCACAAUGAGAAGCUUCCAAGGCAAGAUUACCCAGUGCGCUAUAUGGAUGACUUCCCGUGCAAGCCUCUCAAACGAGAUCGGGAAUCUCUCCUCGCCUCGGUUGCCCGCCAUGGCUGCCGCGAUGCUCCGCUCAAAUUCAAGCACGGCAGCGCCCCUCCCCCUUCCCUUCCUCCACCAGUAGAUCCACCGAAGCCUGCCGAGCCUUCCCAGCCCCUCAACUUCGUCUCGCCGCCGCCGGAGCGCCAUGCCCAUCCUCACCCGCAGCCACCGUCCACCGCGGCCGUGGCUCCGCCCUUCCCCGUGCUCCCCAGCGACCAUUCUUCCCACAGACGGGUGCGGCUCCUUCCCCUAAGCACGCCGAUAGGUCGAGCGUCGCGAGAGGUUGCCGGAGUCAUCGGGAAUCCGCGUUGGGCCGCCGGCCUUGUCUCUGCAUCGCGAGUGAGCGGGCGGAGGAAGAAGGAGACCUGCCAGCAGGCCCCCUCCCCGCGGACCCCACCUGGCAGCCACUCAAGGCCGGCCCCGCUCCGCCACGUCAGAUUAGUGGAGACGUACUCGCCGGAGUACGCUUUCCCUUCUCUGAAACGCCUUCCGUCUCUUCUCCAGAUCAGAAUACGUUUUCCUCUCGGCUCAGGGGCCUGUUUGAAGAAAUCUUUUUAUAGAUUGGUCCCUGGACUUCGUCGGGCUAUAACUUUUUGCUCGAGACUCCAAUUGAGCCCCCUUUGGGAGAGAACUGUUUCCGGCGAAUCUUUCCGCGGCUUCACCGCACCUCUUCCCGAAGUACCCUUCAUCCCCAGGCAAGCCACAACCACCAUUUGCAUGAUAGCCAUGCAGUAGCAUUGGUUUUCAACUUGAAUCUUUAAUAACUGUCUGUUUGUUUUGCUUCUGCUGUCGUUAUUUCGGUUAUGCUUAUGGAUUGGUGGUUACCAUCAUGCUAUGUUUUCUUGCACUCUGUUAUCAUAUUCUAUAUACUAGUAUUUCUUUCAUAUGCCAUGCUUGAUAGUAGUACAUGUUGAUGUUGGUGAUGGUCUUCGGUGCAUGACUAUCGUUUGUUCCGAGUACCGUUGUUAUGCAUGUCAUUUGCAUCCAGAUGCUUGCAUGGUAGCAUUAUUGAUAUGUUCUUGCAUGAUAUCUAUCGUUGAUGGUAGUGGUCAUGUUAUGCUUUGAGUAGUAUUAUACCUGUGAUACUCAUGCUCAUCAUUAUGCCAUGCUCAGUUGGAUAUGAUUCAUUGUUGAUAUGGUUGAUAGUUAUGUUGCACACCCAUGUUUAUGUUGAUAUCAUGCUCAUGCAUUGUAGUUGCAUCAAGUUAUUUUAUCAUGG